GUGUGUGUGAGAGAGAGAGAGAGAGAGAGAGAGAGUGUAUUUACCCCUCCGAGCUCUCAACUGAGGCCGGGCUCCUGCAACCAACCACAAUUCUGACAUUUAACUCCGGAAACACAAAUGAAAGCGGCGCUGCGUUCCAUCUAAAGUGCGACUGAACGGCGAGGCGUUUGAUCAGCUGUCGGACAGCGGCUAGAACUGGCCACAAUGUCGAGGGUGGUGAAAAAGAGGCAAGCAGACCCCAAAGUGGUUCAGUAUGUCUGGUCGGCCAUCGAAGUCAUCCGCAAUCAGAAACAAAUCGCAAACAUGGACAGAAUCUCAAAAUACUUAAGUCGUGUGUAUGGGAUGCACCCUAAAGACACGGCCAGGCAGCUAGUUUUGGCUGUCAAAGACGGUCUGGUGGUGGAGACGCUCACAGUGGGCUGCAAAGGCUCCAAGGCCGGGAUCGAACAGGAGGGAUACUGGCUUCCAGGAGAUGAGAUGGAGCAGAUGUCAGAGGGAAGCAAGCCCUCUCUGCCUUCUGAAGCUCUUUUCCAAGAUGACUGGGAAGCAGAAAGUCAUGACUGGUACUGUUUUGAGUGUCACCUUCCUGGAGACGUGCUGGAGUGUGACGGCUGUUUCCGUGUCUACCACCUCCGCUGUGUGUCUGAAGACCACCGGCCACGCGACACAACCUCCCACUGGCAGUGCGGCAUCUGCAGGGGCAGUAAAAGGAAGAAUUUGAACAAACAGGAAAUGACAACAUACCUAAAGUUCAUUCUUGGACGCAUGAAGGAAAGGGCUGUGGACCUGCAUAAGAGAGGCAAGGAGACAAAGCAACCCAUGUACAGAAGACUGAUCCACACGCUUCUGGAUGUGGAUAACAUACAAGAGAACAUCUCAGAGGGGAAGUACAAGAGCUUUGAGGAGUUCAGGGCUGACGCUCAGCUGAUUGUUCACAACACAGCCAUUCUGCACGGAGUCAACAGCGAUCAGACCGAAAUUGCAAGACUUCUCUACAACGACACAUGCCACGAGCUGAAUGAGUUAAUGUUGUGCAGACACUGCUUCUAUCUCUCGAACGCACGGCCUGACAACUGGUUCUGUUACCCAUGUAGUCCGACUCACGAGCUGGUGUGGGCCCGGAUGAAGGGCUUUGGUUAUUGGCCGGCAAAGGUGAUGCAGAGGGAGGGCGGUCAGGUGGAUGUUCGGUUCUUUGGUCACCAGCACCAAAGGGCGUGGAUUCCUUCCGACAACAUCCAGGAGAUCACAGUUAACGUGCAACAGCUGCAGGUGAAGCGCAGCUUGGGGUGGAAGAAGGCGUGUGAUGAGCUGGAGCUCCACCAGCGGUUCCUGAGGGAGGGCCGAACCUGGAAGGGGAAGCUGGAAGAGAAGCAUGACAGGUCGGACAGGCACGAAAGACAGGAAGACAGACAGGAAGAGGCAGAGUCAAGUAUCUCCUCCACUUCCAACGAGCAGUCUAAAGGCAACCAAGAGCCUAAAGCUAAAAAGAGCCGCCGUUCCCAAGUCGCCGAACCCAAAGAAGAGGAACCGGAGCCUGAGAUGGAAGCCGUCAGCUCAAGUCAAGAGAUCCCAACAGCUGCUCCACAUCAGCCCGAGCGUAUGUCCGUCUCCACCCAGACCAAAAAGUCUGGCUCGCCGCCUUCCUCUUCCUCGCCAGCUCCUCGCGUGAUGCACCGAGGCUCUCAGACGGUCUCCGAGGUCAGCUGCCAAAACAUGUGCCACGACAAAUACACCAAGAUCUUCAGCGACGUUAAAGACAUGAUGAAAGCGGAGAACAAGCGGGAAACUGAACGCGUCCUGAAAGAGGCUCUGGACAAGUUGCGAGCAGAGAUGGAGGAAGAGAAGAGGCAGGCGGUGAACAAAGCGGUGUCCAACACGCAGGCUGAGAUGGAAAGAAAGUGCAAACAGGUGAAGGAGAAGUGCAAAGAGGAGCUCAUGGAGGAGAUGAAGAAGAUAGUAGCUCAGCAUAAACAACUUCUUUCCCAGACCAAGAAGAAGCAGUGGUGCUAUAACUGUGAAGAAGAGGCGAUGUACCACUGCUGCUGGAACACGUCGUACUGCUCCAUCAAAUGCCAGCAGGAGCACUGGCACGCCGAUCACAAACGUACCUGCCGCCGGAAGAGAUGAGCGGCAGCUGGCCACGCCUCUCCUCUCGACUCCACCCACCCUUGCCCGUGGAUUCUUGAUUUCUUUUUUUUAGCCAGCAUUUUAAACCCCAGCUCUUAGAACACUUUUACCAGAACAUUUUGCUGAGUUGCAGUGAACACUAACAGGACAGCCAGCGCGGGACUUCACGAUCCUCGUGGAGUUGGUUUUAUGUUUGGAUUGUAACUGUAUCUCAUUGCGUAUUCCUUUUUGUUUUUUACCCUUUUAUUUGCUGUAUGACAGAAAUCAGCCUUGCUUGCAUACAGACUAGCUGAAAUGUGAAGUACUAGUAAUCUUUUUAAACAACUUAAUCUGAAGAUAUGUAGAUAUUUGACUUUUUUUAUAUAAGCGAAUCGUGUCAGCCUCCUGCAUUGGGUGAAGUUGGUGCUUUUGAAACUCAACGGUUGGUUUUUAUCAGUGGUUGUGAUGUCAUUUUUUGGAGGAACAGGGUUUAAAGAUAUGAAUGAUACAAUCUUCCAUUAAUGAAUAUGCACAUUUCAUGGUUACACUUUAAAAUAGGCCUUUCCAUUUUUAACGAAAAACUAAAUUAUGUGCUAAUUUUGGGGGUCCAUUUCUGUAGCUUAAGUGUACUAAAUCUUUGCCGAGUGGGAUCUUUAGUGAGGUUUGUAAGUGUGGGCAAAUUCGUUAUCAGUGUUUCCAGACAGUAAGAAAUUUGUCAAGAUCCCGUAAUAUAGCAAAAAAUAAUCAGAGUUAAGAUUGUACAGAGAUCAGUGUAAAUUAAACAAUCAUAAAUGAUCGCUAUAGGGCUCUAUCUUUAAGGAUGACCUUUCUAGGCACUUUUUGAUCCAAGAGAAAAGUUAAAAGGAUAGUUUACAUAAAAAUUUUAGUUCUGCAAUCAUUUACUCACCCUCAAAUGGUUAAAACCUGUAUGGCUUUCUUAAAUGCCGGUCCGCAUCCACUUUCACUGUAUGAAAUAGAGCAGCUUGGACACUCGGCUAAACGUCUCCUUUUGUGUUUUUCGCAAAUCAGUCAAACCGGUUUGGAACAACAUAAGGCUGAGUAAAUGACAAAAUUAGAAUUUUUAGGUGAAUAGUUAUUCCUUUAACUAUUGCAAUAACAAAUUUUUAAGUACAAAUGAGGUCAGAUCUAUCUUUAGAGAGUUUUUGAGAUUUGUCUAUGUCGACCGGGAGAACCAAUCAGCUGAAGGAUGUAGGGGAACAUCUCUAAUGGUUUUGCACAGAUCCAUAUCUGCGUGAACUUGUAUUCUGUUUCUCUCUGAAGUUUUGAAUGCGUCUUAAAUCACAUUGGAUGCAUCCAAGAUUCUGUCUAGCACCUAUUUCUCCUUCUUUCUCUCCCUCCCUUCCCAACCUCACUGUUGCACUACAUGUAAAUAACUGUUUGCCACUAGCCGUGACUGAUGACGUUUGCACGUUAGCAUAUGUACAUUUCAUGAACACAUUAACUAUGUAUUUGAUAGUCGAUCUGUAAAGGAAAAAAAAAUAUUUGUGAUAUAACGGUAAUAUGUUCCAUUCCAGUGUGCAUGAAACCAGGUUGUGUGUACCUUAUUUUGGGCUCUGCGUUAAUCUACAUUCUUGUGUGUCAUCGGUGAUGCAGUAUGUCUCCUUUUUGGUUUUCUAGAGUAAUUUGUCACCACUUUUUAAAAUGUAUUUUUUAACUUCUAUUUAUGCGGACAGAGUAAUGACUACUGAGAAUUUCGACACCCAGCGAGAAGUCUGCUAUACAAACACCUGUCUUUCAUGUGCAUACGGAUUAAAAUGUGUUGUAAAUUUUUCCCCCUUUCUUGCAUUACAUUAUGUAACAGUACUAUGUAUAAAUAAAACAUAUCAACCGGU